CUCAAGCACCUCACUCCAAACCCCAACCAGAGCAAAAAAUGCCCGCAACACUAACAUCCCUUCCCCCCCGAACUCCUCCUCCAAAUCAUCCUCUCCCUCCCAGACCACACCCUCAGCACGCUACCAAAAACCACGCAAAUCUCCACUACAUUCCGCUCGCUCUUCACCACACGCGCAACACACAUAGUCCACACAGCAUACAACGACGAAUGGGGGCACAUCGUCCUAAACUACCUCGGUCUUGGCCGCUUACUCCGACAACUCCUUGCGGUUUCCCGAGUGAGCGUUAUCGAUCCCGCUGCCGUACAGGAUCUACUCGAAAGGCUCUGGGCCACUUUUCGCGGGCUACUGGUGGAGGAGAUGCUCAUGCCAGUCGCGCUUGCGGUUGCGAGGGGGUUUGUGGCCUGUGGCCGGAGUGAGGAGGCGAGGGCGUUGCUCGAGCGGGUUUGGUGUGCGGAGGAGGAGGAGGAGGAGGAGGAGGAGGAGGGGAUAGGAAUUGGGUUUGCGUGGUCUGGUCCGCCGGGGAUUCGAGCACCGCGUACAAACCCGGAGCCGGACCCGGCCUCGGACCCGGACGACGAGGGGCAGCGGGCGAUCAGCGACGCGUACGCACGCGCAACCUCCCUCCGCCGCACAGCGCUCUACCCAAUCGGCCAAUACCUCUUGCGGCUGUACAGGGAAGCCGGCUACACCGAGACAGACCUCGACCCUCUCACCCGCGAAGUGCAGAUCCUAAAAAGCCGCUUCCGGGGCGCACCCGUCAUCGCCGUAGCGGAGGACCACAUCGCGCUCGUGCUUGCUCCCGGACCCUUGUCUGACUGCACCCAACAGGGUCUAUUGGAAGACGGGGUGUGGUUUAACGGGCCUGGAGGCGUGCUCAUUGAAGGUCUGCGCGAUAUGCAGGACAUCAAGGCGCUUAUUCCCCUUACGAGGUGGGGGCUCGAUGAGUAUAGGUUCAAACCGGCGGAGGGGGAUGAGGAUGCGGAGUUUGUGGGGACGACGUCGUAUGUGGCGGAGGGUAUGUUUGCAAACCUAUACCGACCUAUACUCAUUUUCUUUCGGGGAUAUUGA